CUUUGCUGAACAUCUGUACCAGAUGUUGUAGCCAACCAGCGACGAUGGGCAGUUCCCAUAAUGCGUUGGGACAGAGGGAAGCCUUUCUGUAGGAUGCUGAGCUGUCAAACGGCGGGACUCCGCUUGUGGGGUGUGUAGCAAAGCGGACGAGAAGAUGGACUGCUUCACCGGGCUCCUCUGUCUCUCCCUCGUGAAUUUGGUAAGCUGUGCCGUUGGGAGGUAUGAUGUCUUAACCUGGAAGGAUCGCACGAUCCAGAGUUACUUCAUUAGCAGGCAGAAGGCUGUCGUGCAGACGGAUGUUUUCACUAUCCUCUCCAGGGUGCAUGCUGACCGAAAUGUUUAUCCUUCUGCUGGAGUCCUAUUUGUUCACGUUUUGGAAAGAGAAUAUUUUAAAGGGGAAUUCCCUCCUUAUCCAAAACCUGGAGAUGCAACCAAUGAUCCAAUCACCUUUAACACAAAUUUAAUGGGCUUCCCAGAUAGGCCAGGCUGGCUUCGAUAUAUUCAACGAACACCAUACAGUGAUGGUGUUCUUUAUGGAUCUCCAACAGCUGAUCAUGUGGGAAAGCCGACUAUUAUUGAGAUAACAGCCUACAACAGGCGCACAUUUGAAACUGCAAGGCACAAUCUUGUCAUUAACAUUAUGUCCGCUGAUGAUUUCCCAUUUCCAUAUCAAGCUGAAUUCUUUAUAAAAAAUAUGAAUGUGGAAGAAAUGUUGGCUAGUGAGGUACUGGGAGAUUUCCUUGGAGCAGUAAAAAAUGUUUGGCAACCAGAACGUCUUAAUGCAAUUAAUAUCACUUCAGCACUGGACAGAGGAGGAAGAAUCCCACUUCCUAUUAAUGACUUAAAGGAAGGUGUGUAUGUUAUGGUUGGAGCUGACGCAGCAUUUUCAUCUUGCCUAAAGGAAGUAGAAAGUCCCCAAAAUCAACUGAAAUGUAAUCAAGAAAUGGAACCUCUUAUUACAUGUGAUAAUAAGUUCCGAGCUCAGUUUCAUAUUGAUUGGUGCAAACUGUCCCUGGUGGAUAUAACAAAAGUCGUCCCUGUUGGUAAGGAAAGGCCAGAUCCUGGAAGUGGAGUGCUGCCUGAUCUUGGAGAAUACAAUCCUCCUUCUGACAUGCUCAAAAGUAGGGACUAUUUCUCUGACUUCCUGAUCACUCUGGCAGUGCCAUCAGCUGUUGCUUCAGUCCUUUUCAUCAUCCUCGGUUACAUUAUGUGCUGCCGCAGAGAGGGAGUGGAUAAACGAAACAUGCAAACCUCAGAUAUUCAGCUGACCCACCAUAGCUCCAUUCAGAAGUCCACCAAGGAACUCCGAAGCAUGUCCAAAAACCGGGAAGUAGCAUGGCCCCUGUCCACCCUACCUGUUUUCCACCCUGUCAGCGGUGAACUUGUGCCACCUUUGCAUCCAGAAAGCUAUGAAAACACCAGCAUGCCUUUAAUGCAAACACAGACAAAUCUGCAGCACCAGACACCGAUACCGCAACAGCAGACAACAGGAGGUAAUUAUUGUAUGUCAACAUUUCGACGACUUGAGGUAAAUGGUAUUCCUGAAGAAAGAAAAUUUACUGAAGCACUGAAUUUGUAAUUUAUUAGGAUUAGAAUCUAUUUUAUUCAAAAUAUUUUUUUAAUAUUAAAGAUUGUUUCCAGUGUUGCAUGAGCAUACAUUAAUCAUUGAUGCUUUAAAAUCAGUUUACAAAUGUUGAAAGCUGCAGUAUUACAUGAACUAAUACAUUUGAUGAGAAAAAUAUAACGGACAAGCUGCUUAGUGUAUAACCUUUUUUGCAAGAUGAGCAUUUUAAAAUAGCAAAUGAAACAUUACAAAUGUGUUUUUUUUAAUAUUUGUGCAACACCCACAAUAAUAAAUGAAUGGUUGAUUUAUACUUAAAA